AUUAUUUUGACAGGACCCACCCUUAAAGCAUCACUUCUUCGGGAUCCGCGAAUGGUUUGAGUUUGGCGAAAUGUCUGGUUAUAAGAGAAGAUACUGAAGGAAAGGGUGAUUCUUCACCCUUUUUCCAUUUCGAAUCUCGCUGAAGAAUGGUAAAAGUGGAGAGACUCUUUCGGCCCUUCGGGGAUGUUAGAAUAUGCCUCAUCUUUGGUGUCAGCCUUGUUUAUGUGAAGUGUGCUCCAGACGGUUAUUUAGCCAGUCCGUCGCCAACUUACCCAGCCCAUCGAGGAGCAGCCCGCCAAAUGUACGGAUCUGGGUCUUUGAGACCUCCAGGCACCAAACCUAUCUACGCCACUGGUCAACGCCAACACGGGGUGAGGACCACAAUCAGUCCGUCGCUUAAUCCUCAACGAAAGUUCAUACAGAUUAUGCCACCUUAUGCCAUGAUACCACUGGAGAUACCCAGAGACGAGUAUGAUAGAAUGUCAGGUUUUCCAGUGCUCCUGAAUCCAAACCUGCUCCACAAUCCUCCAAGAAACGACAGGCCGUCGAACAGGGGCGGGGGCAUGUAUGGAGGAAGACCAGAAUAUUACCAGGGCCGUCCAAAUCACGGUCUGUCGAAUGGAAGGUAUCCGUUCGACUUCGGUUUCAUGCCCGGAAAAGGUCUUCCUUCAGAUUACGACACUCCCUAUUUAGGAAGGUAUCCACCUCACCAUCGAAAUACCGAUUACGAUGAUAUUUCCGAUAUGUAUAACCUGAAGCAACCGGAAGAGGAAGAGGUAGAUUUCAAGAUGGUGCCGGAUCAUUAUGGGCCUGAUUGUGACGAGACUUGCGCUAAAGGAGAGUUUAUUUGUCACAAGAGCUGCAAGUGCGUCUCUGGAGCAAAAAGGUGUGACGGUAAAAUGGAUUGUGAAGACAACGAGGACGAAUUAGACUGCGGUCAAAUAGAACAUCAUCAAGUCAAAUGCGACGAAUCGAAGAACUAUAUUUUAUGCCCAAGAACUAACAGAUGCAUCUCAAAGGACUGGCUUUGUGACGGAGAUGACGAUUGUGGCGAUUACUCGGAUGAAACUCACUGUGGUUUUACAAUCAACUGCACCAAUGACCAGUUUCAGUGUGAGAACGGCUUAUGCAUUCCAAAAAUUUGGACCUGUGAUAACGACAACGAUUGUAAAGAUUUUUCAGAUGAAUUGAAUUGCACCAAGCUUGGAUGUACAGACAAUGAGUUUGAAUGUAGCGACGCGACUUGUAUAUCGUUGAGCUGGAAAUGUGAUAAGCAUAUUGACUGCUCUGAUGGAUCGGAUGAAAGUGAUUGUGAUAUUACUCCAUCUUACUGCAAUGAGGACGAAUUCCAGUGCGCUACUCACAAAUGCAUAAAGAAGGAAUUCAAAUGUGAUGGUGAUGACGACUGUGAAGACUGGAGUGAUGAAGAUGAUUGUCCUAAAAUCCCUGGGAAUUGUGUCAAUGGAGAAUUCAAGUGCAAUAGCGGGAAGUGUAUUCCAGAGAGGUACAGAUGUGAUAAGCAACAAGACUGUGAUGAAAAUGAGGAUGAGAUCCAUUGUGAUUAUAAUAUAACCAAAACUUGUGCAGCUGAUGAGUUUACUUGUGAUAGCGGGGCAUGUAUCUUGAAUACAUGGGUAUGCGACGGGUACCAUGACUGUAGCCACGGCGAAGAUGAAACCAAAUGCGAAAUAGUGUGCGAGAUCUCCAAGUUUCCUUGCAGCGGACUAGCGCCUAACGACAACACCACCGAAUUUUGCAUUAACAAGAAGCAUAGGUGCGACGGUCAAAAAGACUGCCCUAAGGGGGAAGAUGAAGAAAAUUGCCCUUCAAAAAGGGAAUGUGAACGCAACACCAAAUGCGAGCAGCUUUGCAUCACACUGGCGGAUGGAAAGAAGGGCUGUUCUUGUCAGAAUGGGUACCAGUUAGCUAAUGAUGGAUAUACGUGCGAAGACAUCAAUGAAUGCUUGUAUGCUACUGAUCCAGUAUGCUCUCAGACUUGUAACAAUACUGUUGGAAGUUUUAAAUGUGGUUGUAUGACUGGUUACGUACUAAGGCCUGAUCUAAGGACAUGCAAGGCCAUGGGAGCGCCACCUACACUGCUUUUUGCAAACAGGAUAGACAUCAGACAGGUGUCUUUGAGUAACUCCAAGUACACAGCACUGCUAAAAGGGUUGCACAACGCAAUAGCACUGGACUAUCAUUACGACAAAAAAUUCAUAUUUUGGUCAGACGUGUCAAUGGAUGUAAUAAGGAGAGCUAACAUCAAUGGGACAGAAGUUAAAGACAUUAUUAAAUCCGGAUUGGAAUCACCCGGAGGUAUUGCGCUGGACUGGAUCCAUGACUUAAUUUUCUGGACAGACUCCGGAACAAGAAGAAUAGAAGUGGCGACUCUGGAUGGCCAGCAAAGAGCCAUAAUUGCUGCAAGCGAAAUAGAUAAACCCAGAGCCAUAGCAGUACACCCAGGCGAAGCUUUAGUUUUUUGGACAGAUUGGGGUCCGAACCCAAAGAUCGAAAGAGCAGAAAUGGACGGAACCAACAGAAAGAGCAUCGUAACUGAGUCGGUGUUUUGGCCGAAUGGAUUAACUCUCGAUUAUACCUCAAACCAGAUAUUUUGGGCGGAUGCGAAGCACAAUGUCAUCGAAACCGCUUUCUUCGAUGGUUCUAUGAGGAAAAAAGUAAUCAGCAAGGGUUUACCCCAUCCUUUCGCUAUAACUAUCUUCGAGGAUGCUAUUUUUUGGACGGAUUGGCACACGAAAUCCAUUUCAACAGCAAAUAAAGUCACUGGGGCGGGUUUGAAAACUUUACAUUCACAACUACAUUUUCCGAUGGACAUUCAUAGUUAUCAUCCCCAGAGACAACCAAACUAUACUAAUCGUUGUGGAAAAAAUAAUGGAGGAUGCGCUCAUAUGUGUUUGCCCAACCGAAAGUCCUACACAUGUGUCUGCCAUAUGGGCCAGAAAUUAAGAUCGGACACAAAAACUUGCCAGAAGCCUGAUAAAUUCUUAUUGUUUGCAAGGAAGAAGGAUUUGAGGAUUAAGUAUCUGGAUGGCAAUUAUCAGCAUCAAUACGAAAUGGUAAUACCAGUAGAUGGAAUAAAAUCUGCAGUGGCUGUAGCCUGGGACUCUAAGAACGACUACAUCUAUUGGUCAGAUGUAGACAGGAACUCCUUAAACCGAGUUUUUUGGAAUGGAACUUCCCAAGAAAUUCUCGUCCACUCGAAUAUAAUUUCUCCAGCUGGUAUAUCUUUAGACUGGGCCACAGACAAGAUUUAUUGGACGGACGCUGGGACAGCCAGAAUAGAGGUAGCCAAUUCUAACGGCACAAUGCGAUCAUUGCUGAUAUGGGAGGAACUGGAUAAGCCUAGGGACAUUGUUGUUGAUCCUUUAGGAGGUCUUAUGUAUUGGUCGGAAUGGGGAGAAAGGCCGAAAAUAGAAAGAUCUAAUAUGGAUGGCACCAACAGGUUUGUCAUUGCUAGCACUAACUUAACCUGGCCCAAUGGGUUAGCUGUGGACCAUACAGCAGGAAAAAUAUACUGGACAGAUGCUGGAUCUAGAACUAUUGAGUUCGAUAACUUUGAUGGGUCUAACAGAAAGGUGCUUCUAGGUGGAAAUACAAUUCCCCACCCUUUUGGUUUAGAUGUUUUUGGAAACAAUAUAUACUGGACCGACUGGGAAAAUCGGAACAUAGAAAGGGCCAACAAAAUUACUGGUCAAAAUCGCACAGUCCUUUCUAACAAUAUGAACGAUCUUAUGGACGUAAGGGUGUUUCACAGAAACAGGAAGCCUAUUAAACAUCCGUGUAUGAUUAAAAAUGGAGAAUGCAGCCACUUGUGCUUACUUCGACCAAAAGGUCAUUCUUGUGCUUGUCCUACGGGAAUAAAAUUGGGGGAUGAUGCAAAAACUUGCGCCAACGGUCCUGUCAACUUCCUAAUCUUCGCGCAUCGUAUAGACAUCCGCCAGAUAUCCUUAGAUGUACCUUACAUGGCAGAUGUGGUCCUUCCAUUUCCUCCAUUAAAGCUGGCGACCUCAGUAGACGUGGACAGAAAGACAGGGGAAAUCUAUUGGACAGACACUGCAGAAGAUACAAUACAGAAAGCAUCACCAGAUGGAAAAAAUAUGGAAGUCAUUAUAAUGCAUGAAAUGGAAGCUCCUGAUGGGAUCGCGAUUGAUUCAACAGGAAGAAAGAUAUACUGGACUGAUGGCAAGAGGAACAGUGUGGAAGUUUCAGAGUUAAAUGGUAAGAACAGAAAGUUGUUGUUUCACAGAGAAUUGGAUAACCCCAGAGCUAUAACACUGCAUUAUCAUCAUGGCUUAAUGUUUUGGUCUGACUGGGGAAAACAAGCCAAAAUUGAAGUCGCCUAUAUGGAUGGUACUACCAGGAAAACUUUGAUUUCGAAGAAACUUAACUGGCCGAAUGGUCUAGCAAUAGAUCGACCAUCAAAUCGCCUGUAUUGGAACGAUGCUAAGCUUAACACAAUAGAGUCCAGCGACCUUAGCGGAAAUGACCGAAAAGUGAUCAUAACCAAAGUUCCUCAUCCUUACGGAUUAGUAGUGGUAGGAAACCACAUCUACUGGACUGACUGGCAAACCAAAGCUCUGCACAGAGCUGAUAAAAACACUGGUGCUGACAGGACAAUUAUAAAAGACAAGUUAGAAGGUCUAAUGGACGUUCGCUCAGUUCAAAGUGACAACAUCGCCGAGAACGCUUGUGGAGAUAAUAAUGGGGGGUGCUCACAUCUAUGUUUGAGGAAUCCAAGUUCCUACACUUGCGCUUGUCCCACAGGUUUGAGCAAAUCUAAACUGAACGACAAACAAUGCGAAUUGGUACCUCAAACCUUCCUGCUGUUGGCUACACGAUAUGCUCUAAGUCAGAUCAGUUUAGAUACUGAUGAUGCCUGGGAUGUGACUCUACCUAUAGAAGAAAUCCGCAACGUUAUAGACGUUGAUUUCCAUUGGGAAAAGAAAUUGAUUUUCUACACAGAUAUAGAAAAGAAUGUCAUCGAAAGUGUGUCUAUGUACAAUUUAUCAGAUGUGAAAACUAUCGUCAGUUCCAAUCUCCUAUCUCCGGAUGGCUUGGCUGUGGAUUGGAUAGCCAACAAUAUCUAUUGGACAAACACUGGGAACAAACUCAUAGAGGUUGCUAGAUUGGACGGAAGCAACCGGAAAUCGAUAAUAAAGGAAUAUCUCCACGAUCCAAGAUCUAUAGUGAUCUAUCCUAGACGCGGGUUUCUAUUUUGGACAGACUGGGGUGUUCCAAAAAUUGAAAGGUCGUACUUGGACGGUUCGGGAAGGAGGAAUUUAGUGGACUCUGAUCUCAGUUUUCCGAUAGGAUUGGUCGUGGAUUAUGUGGGAAGAAGAUUGUACUGGAUCGAUGCGAAGCUGAAUGCGGAGAGGAUCGAAACAACGGAUUUGCAUGGCAAUAAUAGGGUUUUGCUGAACAUACAAGCUACUCAUCCCUUCUCUUUGACCCAGUAUCAAGAUUAUAUCUACUGGACCGACUGGGUUCAAAAAUCUGUUAUAAGGGCCGAGAAAAAUACAGGAAGAGACGCUGUGGUAGUUAGACCACAGCUUGAUGCAGCUAUGGGUCUAACAAUGGUAACUGCUGAUAGACAACUGGGUUGGAAUCCCUGCGCUGUGGAUAAUGGGGGUUGCACACAUUUAUGCCUCUUUAAACACAAAAAUUACUCAUGCGGAUGCCCAGAUAAACCAACACAAGGAUGUAAAACAGAACCAAAUUAUUUCGUAUCACUGAAAUGCAGUGGAAGCACCUACAAAUGCGACUAUGAAGAAGAAGACUAUUACGACGAAACAAUAACCUUCCACAACCAUCCCUACGACAUGGGCAACUUUGCGGAAGACACGGAACUAGUAUCUGCCCGUCAUUCCAACACGUUCUACAUAAUGACCAUGGUACCGAUGUUCAUUGUUGUUCUGCUCUGCAUCAUAGUGGUAGUAUUCGUACUCGUGAAGAAGGGAAAGAAGAAGUACGUGUAUGGAACCAGCAGGAGCUUUUCCAAUCCUAAUUACUAUUCGUCAAACAACGAAGCGAAUUCUGCCCAAGGAAACGACAGGAAACAAUUCAUUUGGAAACGGCUAAAAUAUGACAAAUCACAGGAACGAGUCUACGAGGAAACUGUGGGCAUGAGCAGCCCCGAGAUCGCCAGUCUAAUACCGACUAUCCUGACUCCAUGCAGUUCAAACUGCGAGACGGUCACUCCAGAAGUGGAAAGAUCACCAUCCAUUACCCCUCUACACAAAACCGAUGCUAUCGAAUCUGUCUCUUAAAUCACGAAGAAAAGAAACUAAUAACUCUAGUCACCUAAUAAUACAGAAACAUAAAAAAACAUUCAAACAUAUAAUUAAUGUAAAUAUAAAAUUGUCAAAUUAAGGUGACUGACAAUAAAAAUAUAAUAAUAAUAGUAAACGAAGUUUGCCAAGGCCCAGCAGUAUUAUUAUAAUAUUUGUGCCAAAUAUUCUAUACAGUUGAAGGUUUUGUAUUUUUCUAAAAAAUAGUUAUUUAAGUUGAAACAUCGGAAUUUAUCUGGAUAAUGAUUUCUGUUGUAGCAUGCUUAUAGGGUACCUACUAUCAAAAAUAUGAUUUUGUAUAACAGACUUGAGGAAUCCGAAUAACGUUAAGUUUACUUGAAUUUUAUUAUUAGACGAAAUAUUAAUGUAUUCAAUAGAUGUUACAUAUCUCGUUACAGAAAUAAUUGUUUAAUAUUUCAAGAAAAAAAUAUAUGGGAAUGUUCUGUAUGUAUCUUCAUAUCACGUUUCCCACACAUUUCCCUCAAAAUAAUAAUUGUUUAAUGUUUUGAAACUAUUUAUUUAUAGGUGAACCUACCUACUUAUGAAUGUAUGGUGUACAAUAUUUAGAAAAAUAUUUUUUUAUAAAUAGUAUGACAGUGUUAACCAAUUCUAAGACUGAUUGAUAGGAUUUGUUAAAAACUAACAUUAACGUAAUUAAGUAUUUUGUACUAUUGUACAAAACGGUUAGUUAUGUUUCUACUGUAUGAAAAGGAAUGUAUGUUAUUUUUUUAAAACAGACUAUUCGUCAGGGUAGAUCUUCUCCGGCUCAAGAAGAUUUAACUAAACGAAUGUUAAAGGGAGAUAAAAUAAAUAUUUAAUCUUUCCCUCGUAAUUCACCCCUUAAUAAUAUUGCUAAGAUUUUUUUGUAAAUGUAUAAUCUAAUAUGAAUUGAAAAUAUGAACUCAGGUAGCCUAUCUUCAAUUCAUACCUAAAUCAGAAUUAAUAUAGCUCAAUGUACUAAGAAAAAAAAAACAGGCUCAAUAAAUUAUAUAUUUUAUUUAAUAGUAAAAUUAUAUAAGGAAAUUAUAUCACAGUUUAGAACGAAAUAGUACAUUCUUUUGUGUAAAAAUUAAAUUUCAGUAAAACAUAAGUCCGUAGAUAUGUUCUAAAUAAAUGUUUUUUAAAUGUUAAGACACAUUUAUAGAUUAUUUAUGUUUACAUAUGACAAAAGUCAUGCAUUCUCUAGAGUCAUGAAUCUUGUCAGAAGC